CGGACACCGGCACCGGGGGCACCAGGGCCGGCCCCGUGCAGCCCCUUAGGGGGGAGCGGGGGGGGUCCCCAUCCUGUGCCCUAACGGUAGCCCCCGGGCAGGAGCGGGGUCCCGGAGCCCCCCCCGGGGCCCUGGAGCCCCCCAGCCCCCCCCGGGGAGGGUCUCACCUUCCUGCAGGAGACUGCGCGGCUGCUGGCCCCCCCUGAGCCCCCCCCGGCACCUCCCGCCGCCCCCCCGGAGCACCCUGGGCUCCCCCCAGCACCCACCGGUGGCCCCGACGCCCUCAGCCUCAUCAGCCUCCAGUGCCGGCACCUGGCUGGCAGCACCGGCACCGGUAACGGCAGCGGCACCGGUACCGGCAGCGGGCGGCGGCGCAAGCAGGCGGCCCCCCAGCGCGGUGCCGAGCCCCGGGACCCCUCUUUCCGUGGGGUGACCCUCCGGAUGCGCCUGGGCCUUCCCGCCGGCAGCGCCGAGGGCUGCCGCCUCCUCAUCACCGCCCGCGGCAGCAGGUACCGGCUUCACCGCGGCACCGCGUGGCUGCACCGUCCGUCUGUCCGGAUGCACCCCUGGGUGCCUCCCAACCUCGGGAUGCUCCGUCUGGGUGCACCCCCAGACCUCUGGCUGCACCGUCCAUCUGUCCGGAUGCACCCCUGGGUGCCACCCAACCUCGGGAUGCUCCGCCUGUCUGUCUGGGUGCACCCCUGGGAUGCUCCGUCCGUCUGUCCGGAUGCACCCCUGGGUGCCCCCGACCUCGGGAUGCUUUGUCUGGGUGCACCCCCAGAUUUCUGGCUGCUCCGUCUGUCUGUCCGGAUGCACCCCUGGGUGCCCCCUGACUUCGGGAUGCUCCGUCCGUCUGUCUGGGUGCACCCCUGGGAUGCUCUGUCCGUCUGUCUGGGUGCACCCCCAGAUUUCUGGCUGCUCCCUCCGUCCGUCCGGCUGCACUUCCCGGCAUCCCUGGACCACGGGCUGCUCCAUCCAUCUGUCCGGUUGCACCUUCCCUGCACGGGGACCUGGCAGCACCCGAGGAGGGUCCCCAUUCUGGGGGGGUCCCCACUUUUGGUCCCCCUGACCCCCCAUUCCUGCAGGAAUCCCAGCCGGAGCCGGGGCAGCAGCUCCCCGGCCAGACCCCCCGAGGCGGGCAGCAGCUCGGAGGACGAUGCUCCCCUCGCCCAGGGGAGCAAGCGCUGCGCCUCCUGCAAGACACGCCGGACCCCGCUCUGGCGCGCGGCUGAGAACGGGACCCCCCUCUGCAACGCCUGUGGCAUCAGGUACAAGAAGUACCGGGUGCGGUGCCGGCGGUGCUGGAACAUCCCCGGGAAGAGCGGGACCCCCCGUCCCCAAUGUCCCCACUGCGGGGAGCGGUGUCACCCAGCCGGCAGCGGGACGAGGUGGCGGUGAGGACCCCCGGCAGCGGCGAGGGGACGUUGGUGGCAGCAGUGACGGCGGCAGAGAGACGGGGUGCGGG